UUCUAUUUUUCCUUCUGAUCAUCGAAAUGUUUGGAGAAAUUAGCACUUCUUUGGAGUCAAUCCAAGAUUAUCUUCUCAAAGAUGACUUUGAAACCCUAAAAAAUACCUCAUUACAUUCUUUACUUGAAGAUGAUUUUCAAACCUUCGACGAUUCAUCUCUUAAGUUUGAAGAUUCGCAGGAUAUCGAUAUUAGUUUUAUUGAUCUACGGUUUGAUUCCAAUUCCAAGGUCGAGGAUACUAUAAUGCAGCCGGAUGACCGUCGACCUCAAGAAGCAGUCACCACGGCAGAAAAUGCACCAUCUAGGGCAAAAAACGCGCAGUCUAGUGGGUCGCAGUAUAAAGGUGUUAGGAGGAGGCCCUGGGGCAAAUACGCGGCGGAGAUUAGAGAUCCGAAGAGACAUGGAGCUAGAAUUUGGCUUGGUACUUACGAGACACCAGAAGAUGCGGCGCUGGCUUAUGAUAGAGCUGCAUUUGAAAUGCGCGGUUGUAAAGCUAAGCUCAAUUUUCCUCAUUUAAUUGGCUCAGUUGAUUAUGAGCCGAUUAGAAUGACUAACAAACGCUGCUCGUCGGAACCAUCUUGUUCAUCGUCGUGCUCUCCAUCGCUGUUGGAGGUGCAGGAUGAUGAUUCUCCAAGGUCUCAGAAGAAAAAGAAAACAAUAAACUCAAUAGCUAAUGCUCUAGCACAAAAUGUUUAUCAGUUUAGCCAUGUCAUCAAUACUCAAUUUAGCCAAGACAAUUCGAACCAAGUGUAUAUGAAUUCCUUAUUAAAAUAAAUUGCAUUCUUUCAUUUGAUA